AUGUAUGCUCCCAAGCUGUGUACCGCAAGAAAUAUGGUCCGGAUAGCUGGCAACUUACUUUGUCUUUGCUUAGUACUUCUCGGAGCAGCUCUCAGUUCCACAACUGGUUACGUGCUGUACUUGUAUGAAUACAUCGCCGAAGUUUUCGGACAAUACGUCUUUUACGGAUCAUUGUACGCAUUACUCGGCUGUGGCGUGUUCACAAUACUGGUUGGAUUCAUCGGGUUCUAUGACUUUACACAUGAAAAUCGUUUUACAUCUAUCAUCGCUGCAGUCGGAUUCUGCAUUCUUUGUAUUAUCAUUUUUAUUGUGGGAGUUUUGCUGAUGCUGUUUCCCAGAGCGAUGCCGUGGCUUGUCCUUAGACGCAUGAAGGCAACGUUACCGGAAUACGGGCAAAAUAUAGUUUUGACCAAGGCAUGGGACUAUAUGCAGAGUUAUUUACGGUGCUGUGCCAUCGACAACCUUGGUUGGAGUGUGUACAACUCGACAACGUGGUUUCGGCAAACAAACACAGACUUGAGUGAUAAGGCUGUGUUAUUUCCUAUUACCAGCCCGUAUUACCUUCUCGUCCCGGCCUCAUGUUGUGCCACUUUGAUCGACGGCAUCACUGAAUACCCCACCGAUGUGUAUAGGGAUCAGCGGCGUUGUCAAAAUUGGCAAUACGGACCGCCCAUGUUUCAAUCAGGACCGCACAAUGAUGCGCUUUAUUAUCGGGGCUGCUUCGACGUGCUCAUCGAUUACACCAUGCUACACACCAAGCACCUGUUCGGACUUAGCUUGGCCACAUGUGCAAUGCUGGUAAGUCAAGCAUACAUUAAUGAAACUACUGAGCGCAGUUAA